UACUUGGUGCAAUCUCCUUCCCAGCGACAGAUCUUGGAGGUCAAUGCAGUGUCGGAGGUUUUGUGUGAAGUAUUGUAGGGAUUUCAUGCUCCAGGAAUGCCGUUGGGAGCCAAAUCUCCUCUUUGGGAAUGAAUCUCUUCUCUGGAAAUGCAAGAGCGACGAGGUACUCACAAUCACAGUUCCUGGAGCUCGCGGAUCUGGUGCGCGGCAUCGCGGAAUCCAGAGAUUUGCCAAAAGCGCAGCACGUCCACGCCCGGAUCAUGGCGAGCGACCAUCGCGAGGACCGGGUUUUGCUCAAUCUCCUGGUGGACAUGUACGGCAAGUGUGGCGAUCUCCCAGCGGCAGCGGCGCUCUUCGAUCGAAUCCCUCGCAGGAACGUCUUCUCGUGGAACGUCCUCGUCGGGGCACUUGCCAAGAACAGGGAAUUCGAUUUCGCGGAGAGCGUGUUCGAUCGAAUGCCACAGAGGGAUCUGGUGACAUGGAAUGCGAUUCUCGCUGGCAAUGCCGAGAGAGGAGAUCACCAUCGAUUGAAAGAGAUCUUCGAUCGGAUGCCACAGCGAGACAAGAUCUCUUGGAACACGAUCGUGGACGCAAUUGCCAUCACCGGGGUUUUGGAGUUCUCUCGCCUGGUGCUGGAAAAAAUGCCCAGCUGGGACGUGGUGGGGUGUACGGUCAUGGUGGCGGCGUUCGCGGAGGAAGACGAUGUACGACACUCCAAGAGGAUAUUCGACGCAAUGCCGUACAGGGACGCGGUGAGCUGGACCGCCACGCUGACGGCAUAUGCCCAGAAUGGCCACGCUGACGUGGCGUGGAUUCUGUUUCGGAAGAUGCCCAGCUGGGACCACGUGGCAUGGAACGCGAUGAUCAAGGCCUCGGCAUCCAACGGCCAGGGCUUCGAGGCCAAGGCGCUGUUCGAUUCCCUCCCUCUUCGCGACGUGAUCUCGUGGAACGCAAUGGCGGAGGCCUUCGUUGGAUCGGGCGAGCUCGAUCAAGCGAUCGCAUUGUUCUUCGAGAAGAGCCCGUGCUGGGAUUUCGUCUCAGCCACCGAUAUGAUCGUCGCUCUGGCGCUCCAUGGCCGGAUCGAGGAGGCCAGAGAGGUGAUCGAUCGAUCGCCAGAGCUCAGCACCGUCUCCCUCAACGCGAUGAUCAGUGGCUAUGCCCAGAAUGGGCAGCUCCACCUCGCCAAGUCGCUCUUCGAUCGGAUGGAUCGCCGGGACGUUGUCUCGUGGAAUUCGAUCAUCGCGGCCUAUGCCCAACACGAUCGAUUGGAGGAAGCUCGCACCACUUUCGCCAAAAUGGCCCAGAUCGAUGUGGUGUCCUGGAACACUCUCUCGCAGGCGCAUGCCCUCCACGGGCAUAUCAACGAAACCAUGGCGAUCUUCCAGACGAUGGCGAGCAGGAACGUCGUCUCUUUCAACGCGCUGAUUGGAAUCCUGGCCCAGCACGGGAGCUUCCGCCAGGCGAUGGAGCUCUACUCGCGAAUGCCGCAGAGAAACCUCCUGACUUGGAACCACACCAUGGCUGCCUGCUCGCAAAAUGGAAGCUUCGAGUACCUGGAGCUCGUCUACCACGACAUGAACUUGGAGGGCCUCUCGCCAAACCCGGCCUCCUUCUCGUUGAUCCUCACCGGAUGCAGCCACACUGGUAUCGUUGCUCGAGGACUGGAGGAGUUUUGCUCCAUGGUGGUCGACCAUGGAAUCUCGCCGACGAUCGAGCACUACUGCUGCAUGGUGGACGUCUUUGGACGAGCCCGGCAUCUGGAUGAAGCCGAGGAGGUUGUCGAGAGCAUGCCUUUCGAGCCGGAUUCGAGUGCCUGGCUGACUCUCCUAUCGGCAUCCAAGAGUCACGGGGACUUCGAGAGGGCGGCUCGAGCGGCUUGGAAGGUGAUGGAUCUCGAUCGGAAGAAAUCGUCGCCUUAUAUACUGUUGUCGAAUAUGUAUGCCGAGGAGGAGGAAGAUAGCAUAGAGUUUUUCACACUAGAACGCGAAGGUAGGAGCGUUCUGGCAACCAACAAGGCAGUUCGCUAGAACAUCCACUGUGCGUUUUUUCUUCCGUGGUUCGGUUCCGGGUAAGGCAGAGUUAGUGUUUCUCUCAGCUUGUCCUC